CCGAGAAAAGAGGAGGGGAGAGCUAAAAAUUUAAUCGUAAGGUAGAGCCGUGGUGUAAAUUUGUCUGGUCAGGAGUGUCUGUGAAAAUCAUGUUUUAAAUAAACCAUGAAUUCCACGCUACGGAGCCUAUUUGCUGUAACAAUCAGCAUGCGUCCAUAACUGUGUCAUGACUGUGACGAUGGAUGUAUGUUGGAUCCAAUGCAUCUAGUAGUCUGUAGAUGCCUUUUAUUCUGGUGUACGUGUAUUGUAAUUUUCCACAAACUAUUCAAUAAUUAAAUGGUACUGCCCAGGUGACCGAGUAUGAAGUGACAUCGGGUGUAACGGUAACAUUUAUAAAACAAAAGUUAACAAUAUGGAUACAUUGAUCGAGUGCCCGGUGUGUACUCUGUACCUCCGUUCCGGGAUGAACCUGUCGGUACACCUCGAUACGCACCCCAAAGAGAGUGUAAUUAAGGCACUGGUAGCCAUCGCCCAGAAGCGUACAACUUCGUCGUCGGUCACACACAGCACCGGGGGAGAAACCAACGCUACAGGAGGUGGCGCUAUCCUAGGAUCUACCGACAUUUUUUCUUAUCUAGUGCUCGGUGGAACCGGAGCUACUAGUAGUGCUGCUACGACCGAAGCUGGAAUAAAUAAUAUGCUAACAGAAUCCGGCAAUAAAGUUGGUCGUACCGUUCCAGCAGUAGGGCAGCAGCAGGCAGAUGCACUGUCCCUGAAUGUCACGGGCCGUGCUCAAAACCGUACCCCACCGAAUGCCAUCAUGUACGAUGGUUCGACGACGAUCGCUUACGCUGAUGCACCAGUAUCAGCGGCUGGUCUAAGCACAGCAGUGCUUUCUGCUUCAUCUACUCAACCUCUGGUCUCCACCGUUGGGCCUACCGCAACCAACGGGAUCGGCACGCUAGGUCCCAACCAUACGAUAGCAUUGAUGAACACGUGCGAAGUAAGCGGUGUUACCACGUUGAGCCAUUACCCAGCGAAUAACGUAACGAUCCUGAAGCGUGAAUAUCUCCAGCAACAAAGUAAUCCGUUAGGAGGAGCUAAUACGCUGGGCACCAGUUUCCUGCCCACAGCCGAGUCAUUAGAGCAUGGAAACACCAGCUCCUCCAACACUUGUGCCGAUGGUCCAGCCUCAACCGUUGUUGGUCGUGCGCCUGGUGGAAACAACGCGAUCUCCAUUUACCCACGCUAUACAAACGAGCUCUACUCUGGGCCACCUCCUCCUUAUAGUACUGCGAUCUCCUCCUCGGUUGCCACCAAUACACAAAUAAUGCCUGCAGCGGUGGUGGCCGAUCCUGCUAUACCUGGUGCCGGCCUCGGUGGAAAGCUUACUUUCAUAAGCAGGAGCAAGACUGGCGCCUAUACUAUCGACUUAAAAAACAACAAUCUCGGUAGCUUAAGCAACAACGACAGUAGCUCUACCAGCACCCAACAACUUGCUACUUACAACACAUUAGUACCUUUUUCUGCAAUUGAAGUCCCGACAAGCACUUCGACGGUUUGCAGUGUCGCCAAUGUGUCAAUGGCGGCCGGUUCAACCUCAGCCGCUUUCCGAUCGCUGUCACUAGCGCACCAACAGCUUCGUCCGGAAGCACAAUACACCGAGAGAGAGGAUGGAAGUUUUAUUGUGUUCGAGAACCCAAAGAAGAUAGUGGAGUAUCGCGAAAAUGAGGCAGGUGAAUUGACGCUUUUCGAGAAGAUCGUCAAAUCACCACCCUGGACAGCACAGGUUGACCAACCGAAGCCGAUGCUGGGAGGCGUUGGGCAGCUACAACAGCGUCAUCCCACGCAAUCUAACGAAUAUGCUACAGCACAGCAAUACCAUCAACCGGUAAUUCAUGAUCAUGAGCAACUGCAGCUUAGCGAUCGCCAGAACUCUGAGCGGUCCGGCAAUGUAGUACGAUCGGAAGCAAGCGUCAUACCAUCAUCCUCCACGGUCCCUUCCUAUGCUGUUCAAUCGAUGCCAACGUUCCAGUUGCUAGUGGCCAGCUCCAAUGCAUGCUCCACGCCGGCACUAGCGCCACCCCCAACGUUGUCCGGUAGAGAUACAGCCACUAUGAAUAAUACGACGACAGCGGAAAUUAUUACGGCAGUCACGGGAUCGGCCAGUACAAGUACUACACCAGCCACUCCCUCCUCCGUUGCCAAUCCCACCGCACCCUUGCCGAUGCGAAAACGAACCGCCAGCGGACUGAAAGUACUAAGCAACAUCAAAGUGACCACCGAUCUCUCCCAGGGUAUUAAGGACAUUAUCUUAAAUCUCAAUUCGCGCAAUGGGGGCGGUCGCACCAAUGCGAUCAUUGCCGCAGCGUCUUCGCUAAGUGGAUCGACGGGCAUGGAUCGUGGAAAUUGUAGUCGACGUUCGUUUGGCGAGGAACGGCCUGUGGUGUCCUGUGGAAACGAAUUGAUAAUACCGCCAGCCAAAAAUCCAGCGACUGCUAGUGAUAGUACCAGCAUUCUCGCUAGUAACAUUAACAUAGCUAGCGUGCAGGGUAUCCGUGCCAAUAGCAUCAAUGAGCGGCUACAGGAGCUGCAAAUGAUUGAUGAGGUAGAAGAGGUGGUGGCUGAAGAUGAUUUACUUGAACCUGAAGAGCUUGACGAUGACGACGAUGAUGAUUUAGAGGAAAACGAUGAUGCAGAUGAUGAAGAGGACGAAGAAGACGAUACAGGCAUUUCCACGGCGGUAGAUUUGGAAGGCUCGUUGGUAAAAUCCAAGCUCAAGAACUGUUUUACGGGUCAGGUUAUUGAUGCGGAUGCGUCACCGUCAGCUAAUAACGUUGCUGCAGUAGUAACAAGUGUCAUCCGGAUGACUUCAGACUCUGCAACGCCUGCGUGCUCACAGGUGGCAGCAAGUAGCAGCAGUCAAUCGGACUUAACGUUAGGCGAGGUGACUUCACUGUCCGAGGAACCCGACAUCAAACCGACAAUUCUUCAUUGCGACAACGGAGAGGAAAAUGCAACCACUUCGCUAGUUGGCGUUGAAAGAUCCAGCAAAGACGAACGAAAAUUGAUAUUUCUUCCCGUUGAAGGGGCACAGACGCAAACACUGUCGACGGCGGCUGGUAGCAGCAGUAGUAAUACAAUGGUUACGGCAACGGCUUGCUCAAGCCGGGCAUCACCAGAUGGCGGAAAGAAUUUUAUUCAGACCUUACCGUCUACCACGUCAUGCUCUCAGCAACGUCCAGCUACAUGGACCAUUGGUGGGUACACUAACACCAACUGCAAGCAGGUGUUUCGGCCUCCCAAAAAGCUGGCGGUAAAAUUAAUCCGUCCCCUUCCGUUAGCUAGUAAAGGUGACAAUGGUAGUGGCGUCGGUGAAGUUCCAUGCUCGGAUACCUCUGGUGUGCAAUGUCGUGCUGGAACGUCUGCGAAAGGUGUAUCUAGCAACUCGGCCUCCUUGAUACUGACUCCUUUGGCGCCAGGUACCUCCGAAAGAGCCCCAUUACGAACAAACUCAAUUCCGAAUAGUAUUACCGUCGUGAUUCAAAAGACUGAGCACCACCGCCUGUCGGGAGUAGAUCUGCCGCCACGCGGCAAUGGUGCAAACGACGAGAGCGGCACAUUCCGGGUGCUGCAAUGUGAGGACAGUACCGCUACAUUGUCCACUGACCAUCCACCACCAGUGUGUCCUUCAGGUAGUCAAAUCCAGCACCAGCUACAACAAUUGCUCCACAUUAAGCAGGAACGUCCUUCGAUGGAAACAGAGCCAACGAGCGGAUCGCCACAAGCAACACCGCAAUCGUCAAUUCGCCCAACCUCACUCAUCUGUUCCGAGAUUUCGCCGCACGAUUCCUCAAUCGACAUCGCCAAGCAGCGCCAACUGGUUGUACAUCAGGUGGCACUGAAAGACGAAACGCUACAUUCACAUUCGAAGGCAGCAGUCACCCACCAUUUGCAGCCAUCUGUCUCAUCCGAUGUAAAUGUCGACGUUUACAACCUGACGUUUAUUGGCAAUGCCGAUCAUGCUGUUUGUGAGCCGCUCCUGCAGAAGAAAAAAUCAAACGAAGAUCUAGAAGCUCCUGAUUCGAUCAGCAAGGAGAAGGAGGUAGUGGAGGUUAUCGAUCCAGAGAACGGAGAAGAAGACGAGGAGAUGAUGGAUGGUAGUAAUGAAGCGCGUAUCGCUAACCCGGACAGUAAGGCAUCAGUGGCAGAACUUAUACGUGCUGCACGGCAACAGUUCGGUUGCGCAGGUGGGAACAAUGAUCGCAGCUGGCAAAUGAAGGUACAAUCUGGGAUAGAUGGAUUUACCGUAAGUCCUGUGAUGGUAGGUGAUCUACAGCAACAGGAGGACGAGGACGAAGACGAAGACAGUCACAGUAGCAGCGGCGGAGAGAUCGACGAGAUUCAAAUGAAGCACAUUCCUCGUGAUAAGCCGCACUUUUACGACAUUGCUGCACAUGCUGGCAGUGAGCCGCUGCGCCAAAACGACAUUGAAGAGGACAGUAAGGAUGAGCUAGUAGAGUUGCUAGAUGCAACUAAUACGAGGCCCAAAACGGAGGGAACAUGGGAGAUGCAUCUGCGCCAUCAACGAAUAGUGAAAAAAGGGUGCAACAGCGAAGUCGAUUGUAGCAACAGUGACGGAAUAACAGCAACUAGUUCGGUCAAGUCUAUGGAGAAUGGAUUAAUUUCUUCUGCGCAGUCGCUCGAUAAAAAGGAGCAAAUUGCAUACCAGUCAUCAUGUAUUCCGUUGUUGCCGACAGCCGAAGAUAAUGCUACGAGCGAAUUAGAAUCGUCGAUAGUGAAACCGGAGAAAAAUGCGAAGGAAAACAAAUUGUUUGAUGAGCCAAAACAACAUCUACGAGAAAUGGCACCAAAUUCCUGUUCUUCGUCUGAUAUAAAGGAGAAGGAUUUGCUUGAAGCUGGCCCUUCUAGAACAGUGCUUGGUGGCUCAUAUGAUACAACUAUUCCGAAGAAAGAACCAGGGGUAGCUCCACUGCAGUCCCAGUCGCAUAAAACUAAAAUGCAUUUGGAAGGAAGAGAAUAUAGGCAGGUUUCGUGUCCUAUUUCCACCAGUAUUCUUCGAAGCGAUGAGAAGGACCUGCUCGAAGCGGGACCAUCGCAUAGUACUGGCAAUUUGCAGCAGGAACGUCACAGCACUGUCGGACCCCGUGCAACACCUGUGCACGAGCACAAUGGUUCCAGCAGUAACGAUUGUAUGUUACUCAACACUGAACAGACUAAAGCUGAAAAACAAAGUGAAGCCGGCAGUACCGGUCACCCAGUAUCCUGGGUGCGCAAAUAUGCCGUAGGACAGCAAUGUAAAACCGAAGAAAAGGAAGAGGAGCUAGUGCAGACAAUGGCGAAUGAAGUAGAUGAUGCAAGUCCAGACCACGAGCUGCUAAUGACUGCUGGAACAAGUGAUAUGCAACUGCUGACCGCGCCCUACCGAGAGACUGAUGAGUGUCUAGAUAGCUAUGGGUCCCGUUACAUUGGAAUUGGUUGCGAUGAUAACUGUAGCAUCAACAGCAACAGCAGCAAGUGCAAUAGUAGUGGCCAUGAAAGCAACAGCAACAGCAACAACAAAAUCAACCGCGACGGGAGCAGUAAAGGCAACCGCACCAGCAACAGUAAUAGUAACUGCAGCAGUCGUAGCAGUAUCAGCACCAGCAAUAGCAAACGCAACAGCAGAGACAGCAACGCAAUGAAAGGUUGUAGCAACCAUAACACGACGGAUUGCAUCAGUCAAGCAACAUCAGCUAAUGGCGGUGGGGGUCACGGCAGCAUUAGAGCAGGAGGUUCUGGUGGGUUGACGGGCAAUACCUCUAGUCGUCCACCAUCGACGGUGCUCUCGUCCGCUUCCUCGACCACUUCGUCCAAUCUAGAGCGUGCGGUUUCGACGGAAAGUCUUAACAUCCGGACGGACGAGAAAAUGCCGGCCAAAGGUGAAAUCUCUGAGCAGGAGAGUAACGGUGAUAUGGACAUGACAUCUUGGAAUCGGCUGUACACUGCAGAUGAAAGCAUUCCCAUCUAUCCGAGCUCUUACGAUCUUUCGACCGCACAGGAAAGUUGGAACCUUAGCAAUCGCCUGCAGCAUCAGUCUCAUAAUCAUCCACCAGGUACCAGUACUAGUGGAACCGUUACCAACAGUGCACAUCACUAUUACGUGCCACACGGUGUAGGAUUUCGAUUUUACGUUCAAAAAAACCAGCAGUCUCCUCAACUAGAGCAGCCGCUAUAUCGUAGCAAUGGAUCCGAUGGUGAACUGCUGGUUACGGAAGAAGAGUGCGCUGAGGAGGAGGAGGUCGAGGAUGACGAAGUGUUGGAGUCAAACGAGCACGCUACUGUGAAGGGUUCAAUCGUGGUCAAAGUGGAGCAGCAUUCUUCGUUUUCUGUCAACGCUGUGAAAGAAGCGAAGCUGAUAGCGCAAGAGGGAAAUCCUAGCCGUCCAUCGUACUUUGAUAUUAGCUCGGUCGGCGGCCAGCAACAACAAUCCAUACUGGAAUCGUCAUUACGCGAAGAAGCAACAGCAUCAUCGAAAGCGGGUGGAAAGCUGCGCGUAUACCGCUGUCAGGAGUGUCCGAAAUCGUUUGCCUCCAUCAAGCAACGACGCUUGCACGUACACAAUGAGCACGCGGAGGAGCACCUACAGUUGACCCAACAGCGUCACCAGCAUCAGCAAGAACCGCAAACUUUGGUGGACUCAAAGGAGGGCAUCAUCGGAAGCGUGGAUAUUGCUGUAACUGGUAAUUCCUCUACGGCCACAACCGUCUCAUCCUCACCACUGCAGGUAGUAAUGAACUACAACUGGCUAAAGCAAGAAAUUCAACGAAAGUGUGAAGCAACAACAACCGGCAGCAGCAGUGCGAUCAUGCUGGCUGCCAGAAGCUCCUCCGCAACCGGCGAUAAUGGUGCCGUUGGAGCAGAUGGUGUUGCCACCACCACAGCGAUGGACUUUGUGAUUAGUUCCGCCAUCGUUCCAGCCAGUCGUAAGCGUACAUACGUGUGCGGCAAGUGUAAGAAGCAGUUCCAACGCUUCAACCAGUUCGAUGCACACUUGAUGGAACAUCCAGUCGAAUGUUGCAGCUGUGGUCGCACCUUUAAACAAUGGCGCAACUUUUCCCUGCACAUUAAGCGUCACCUCGGCAUCAAGGAACACCAGUGCCGGGCAUGUGGUAAGCAGUUUGUGAUCAAACAGAAGUUAGUAGAGCAUAUGCGCAUUCAUUCCGGCAUCGCUCCAAUCAAGUGUCAACAGUGUGGACGUCAGUUCAAGCGGUUUUCCAACCUUGCCCAGCAUCGGAAUCGACAUCAUGUUGCCCGGACAGUUGUGAAAAAAGACUUUGUGUGCCAGCAGUGCGGUGAAGUGUUUCACUCGCAAGCGAAAAUGACCUGGCACCAGGAAAUUCACGAAAAACAACCAAAAUCGUGUCCAUACUGUCGUGAAAAGUUCAUUCAUCGCAACAGUCUGACACGUCACAUACGGCUAUCGCACACGGAGAAAUAUGCAAAGCUAGAGCUGAAGACCGAACCGUGUACAGUGUGCAAUCAGCCGUACACGAGAACCAGCAUGCGGCGGCAUAUGGAGACUCAUGGACUAGCCGAAGAGCGGCUAGCGUUUGCCUGCAGUAUCUGCAACAAGCGGUUCACGACGAACUGGAAUCUGAAACAGCAUAAGUGGACGCACGCAAACCCAACCAUGAAGCCGUAUCAGUGCACGCUCUGUCCUAGCGGCUUUGUGCGCCAUUCCGAUUAUGUGACACACGUGAACGCACACCGAUCGGUACGACCGUAUACUUGCAAUCAUUGCGGUCGUCAAUUUAUAAGGAAGUAUAACUGGAUACGGCACACGCGGGAACACGAAAGCGACAAAGGACACCGCUGCGAGGAUUGUGGACGAAAGUUUCAUCGCAAGUAUUAUUUGACUGAGCAUCGCCGUAUUCACACCGGCGAGCGACCAUUUUCCUGCAACAUCUGCGGCAAAACGUCUGCAACGAAGACGAAUCAUAACAAGCAUGUACGCAUUCACCAUGCGCGCGAUCCGUUAACCGCAGAGGGCUAAGCAGAACAGCCCACGAAGAGCUAAGGAACAGAAGCCAUGGAUGGGGAUAAUCCCUAUACUUAAUACUUCACGUCCGUCGACGAUGAACAAAAGGUAAAUGAAUAUAUUAUAGAACGACGUAUCACAUCAUACACAAACCACAAUGGACUUACGAAUUUGAGCAGUCGCGACGAGAUGGUGCAGUAGUAGUUGAAUUUGUUUGCUAGAAAAAGGAAAAUUGCAAUUUUUCAGUUGAAAAAACGGUCUUGCCAUGUGGUUUGGUGCAAGAUAAUGUUUAUGAAUAUUAAGUAAGAACUUUCAUUUGUGUACUGCUACUGUUUCAGGCGUAUACUAGUUUGAGCCAGCAUAUAUUAGUAUAUUUAUUGCGUCUUCAAUCGUGUCUGUUCAUUACCUGCUUUGUUCGCAUUUUCGUGCGAUGAAAUGUAUUUAUUGUGUAUGUAGCGGUGAAUAAUUUAGACAGUUUAAAACAAAAUGAAAAAUAUUCCAAAUAAUGUCCGCUUUACGUAUGGUUACUUUGUCAUUAUAGGCAUUGUAACAUUUUGUCAUUUAUGAUACCAUUUGGCUAACGAUCUAUGGCCUCACUUACUAUUUACAGAUUGUGUACUGGCGGAGUCUGGGCUGGGUUGAAUGAUCAGUCUUCUAUAAUUAUUUCUUUCUUUAUUAAACGCACAUUGCCCUAAACGGAACAUUCAAUUUCGGACAAGCAAAAAAAUGCAUGUUAAGUUCAGGCGGUCAAAGUGGUCCUUGUAUAUGUUGCGAACUAUAUUUGUUUUUCUUGUGUCUGAAAAAUUAACUAGAAGAAAAUUAGCUGCACCAUAAAGAAAUAAUGCGUAGAGUAGGCAAAGAUAAGGGGUAUGCCGGCGCAGAUAUUUCUCUUGUACAAAUUGUCUGUUCUAUUAUAACGUUGGUCUGGAUCAUAUUGACUUUUGGUGUGCUGCACAUUAGUGGCACCCUAAGGCUUUUAGGCAAAAAAAAAAACACAAUCGGACGGUUGUAGUCAAAGAGGUAUGGUGAAACACAUAAUUGAACGAUAUUGCUUUAGUGUUGACGCUAGUGAGCAUAAUCGAUAAGAGUAGCACGGGGCGUCGUUAUAUAAGAGUAUACACCGUAAGUAAAUGAAUUCGUGUACAGCACAGGGAAAAGCGGCUACGUCCGGCUAGCAUGUGCGAACGUACGUUUAUAGUAACGUAGGAACAUACCGAAGUUCCUCAUAAGCAUACACUAUUAAAAGGAGGAAAACAGCCAAGAAACAAAACCAUCACGCGCGACCCGCAAGUUAUAUCACUAAUGAAACCUCUAAGGAUAUGAGCCAGAAUAACGAUAAAUGCGUAAUUGAAGGUAUCCCCGAUUGGAUAUUUGGGGCAAGUAGCUCCGUUAGUAGUGUACUAGUUCUCAUUAAGAUAAAUAAUACGGAGAAACAUACAGAACUCUUAACAA